AUUCACCUUUUCCCGAUAUACAUCCCACCUUACCAUCUUCUCACACUUGUUACAUCUUCUGAGACGUCCUCCCUGAUGUUCGUGUUGAUGUCUUGUUUCUCCAGUCAUUCUCAUACCUCGAUCAUUUGUGCCUCUUGAAACCUCAAACCCGUUACCUCUGGCCUUCGACUCUCCUUCUCCCACCUUCUGCUGUUCGACAAGUUGCCUCGAACAAGCUUUGACAUCUGUCAAUUGUCCCUCCUUAGCUUUCCUUUGAGAUUCGCAACCCAGUUCAUUUCACUGCUCUCUCUCUCCCUCUCUCUCUCUGAGCUCAUUGACAUCACUUCACGCGUCCACCCAGACCACCUCGACACAGACACAAUCCUAACCGUCACACGUUUUCUGGGGAAACGCACGGUCCACAUACUGGUCUAAUCCGCGCCGCACCGACUCGACAUCGCGAUCGUGUCACCACUUUGGGUCCUUGUUGACAAAUAUCGCGAGCCUCGUCAACAACUGACGCGAAGACAGCAAUCACCUGACAGUCGCAACUCACAAUCAAAGUAACUCAUACAAGUCUUGUACCCUCGUUCCUCCGACAUCUCCCUUCCCUCCGAUCAACCCCACCUCUUCAUCUUUGAACGACCAGAGUCUCGCUCAAUUGAACCUUCACACACAUAGUGACUCACCCACUGGUCGCACCGUACAAAAGAAAUAAAUCAAGAAAAUUCAAUCCAACAUGGAGACCACGAUGGCGGAUGGUGAGACUGCCUCACAAGGUGCUGCAUUUCCGUGGGUUCUCGAGCAUUUGCUUUCCUAUCCAGGCACCUACGAAAUUCCUCUCCGCACCAUGUACAUCCUCAAUGCCACCACACAGAAUCCUCAGCAGUCACCAAGUACACCCGUCUCUCCAACCGUGCCCGGAAACGCCUUCCCUCGCAAGUCGAGCUCGACACACGAGGACCAACCCAAUGUGACUCCCAUCACAGCUGCUGCACAACUACGCGCCAAUCUCUUGGUGCACAUCUCCCGCUUACCCUCACAGCCAACCUCACUGUCACCCAAACUCAUCAGCAAAUUUGUUCGGCAAUGCUUCCCUCCUGAACUUGAUCAAGUCGACUUUCCCCAAGCUUUGACCGCCAUGGACUAUCUCAAAGACCUGGAGAUUCGAAGACGAAGAGAGGUUGUCGCCGCUUUGGACAAACUGGGCAUCGACCGAGACGACAUCACCCACAAGGAGAAGAUCGCUCUCAAGUACCCUGGCGUGUUACGGUGGGUCAUGGACAUCGAGACCAAGGAGCGUCAAGUCGAGGCCUUGUACACUCAGGUUUUCGUGGGACUAAGGCGAUGGACUAUGAUCAAUGAACUGUCUUUGACCCCUUUCAACAAAGCCAACUGCGUUGCCAUGCUCAACACCUUGUACCCACCCGUCAUCAAGGGCGUUCCUUUCGUUCAACCUACCGCUCAGCUCACCCCUCAGAUACUCAAAUCCCAACGCGAGGCUUUCUUCCGAUACAUCACCUCAGUCGAGAAGGUGGGCACUUCCGUUCUCAGCAAUCUUAUGGAUCAACACAAGGGUGAAGAUGAGACAACCGGCUGGCCCACUUUACGCAGAACGCUGGAGAACUAUGUCCGAAUGGCCAACAGUGUCAUUGAAGAGUGUUACGAAAUCACCGGGAGGGACUACUCGCCCACUGCAUCAUCCUUCAACUCGGUACUCGAAUAUGACGACGACGGUCGACGCAAGAUCGACUCGGCCAUCUCAUUUGGGUCUGGCACGUCUUCUAACCGCAACUCGGGUCAGAGCCAUGCAACUCGACCAAGCACCAGCAGCAGCUUCAGUACUGGGAGCCACGCUCAGGGUCACAGUCGCCAGCAUUCACGAGACAAGCUACUUGAUAAACCACUCCCUCCACCCAAGGAUGAUGACAACAUGAGUUUGCCUCAGAAGCCUGCCGGCUCUACAUUAGAGAGGAUCGCUCGGGAACUUCGACGGAUUAAGAGUAGGAACAAUGUCAAGGAGGAACAAUCACGACCGCGAGCCGUGUCGAAUGCAUCUGACGCGGUCCCGGUUGACCGGUCAGAACAGCCUCCUCCGCCCCCGGCCAAAGACCGGGGACUGAGGAUGAAGCGAAGCCUGCGGAGAAUGAGAUCGACCACCAGUGUUGCGGACAGUGCCAAGUCUCGCCCCGUGAGUCGAAACGAUGGACAAAGCCCAGAACAAACACCGGCCUUUGAUGCCGAUACCAUGAGGGCACGGCGUCAGGAAUGGGAAGCUCACCACAAAUCAGCGAGUCAAGGCACACAAAUGGAGUUUGCUGCAUGAAGUGUAAGGGAGAAAUUUGAACUUUCAGGCGUACUAGAAAUGAGCGGCUACUGCUACCGCAUAUUGGGCAUUGGGAAAAGCCGCAUCAGCGAAUGUUUAAUGAUUACAACAAUGAAGUACCAUGAGAGCACCAAACGUGCUCGGACCCAGCCGCGUCGAGGCAGAAGCCUACAUGCGUGCCGGAAGAGCUCCCACGAGCUGGUGAAACAUGGGUCAGGGGGAAGAUGAAUGGUUAUGAGGUUUUGACCAGAGAAGCCUAAACUCGAGUGUUUGGUUAUCAGACUGGUGACCGCAAGGUCCGGGUUAAAACAAUAACAACGACACAAACAUAUCAGACGUAGUCAAUGAUAAAUUGUCCAUUCA